UAGAUAGACUCACAAACGAGCCACCCUUACUCGUUGGUUAACUAUAUUAAGAAAAGGGGCAGUGAAAGUGGUGGUGGUGGUGGUGGUGGCGGUGGGCCGGUGUUAAGGGGUUGAGACGUGUGGCGGUAGAGUUCAAAAUAAAAAGCGGGACUUGGAUUGGGAUCUUCCUUUUCUUUUUUUUUGGUUCCUUUAGGAUUGAAUAUUGAUUGAUUCUUCAGAAGGGGUGUUGAAGUGUUGAAGAUGGUGAAUCCAAGGUGCUAUUUGGACAUAAGCAUAGGAGGAGAGAUUGAAGGAAGAAUAGUGGUGGAGCUUUACCAAGAUGUGGUGCCCAAAACUGCUCAGAAUUUCAGAGCUCUCUGUACUGGACACUUGGGCAUUGGCCCUUCUACUGGUGCUCCUCUCCACUACAAGGGUGUUUGUUUCCAUCGCGUUAUCAAAGGAUUUAUGAUCCAAGGUGGAGACUUAUCUGCUGGAAAUGGGACUGGGGGAGAAUCCAUUUAUGGUUUGAAAUUUGAAGAUGAAAAUUUUGAGCUAAAGCAUGAAAGGAAAGGAAUGCUAUCUAUGGCUAAUUCGGGUCCCAACACAAAUGGAUCUCAGUUCUUUAUUACUACAACCCGAACGUCUCAUCUAGAUGGAAAACAUGUUGUGUUUGGCAAGGUAAUCAAAGGUAUGGGUAUUGUUCGUACCAUCGAGCAUGUUCCUACUGGAGACGGCGAUUACCCCACUCAAGAAGUUAAAAUUGUGGAUUGUGGGGAAAUUCCUGAGGGGGCAGAUGAUGGAGUAUCUAACUUCUUCAAAGAUGGUGAUACUUACCCUGAUUGGCCAGCUGACCUCCAUGACAAGUCACAUGGAAUUUCCUGGUGGAUUAAGGCUGUAGACUCUAUUAAAAGUUUUGGAAAUGAGCAGUACAAGAAGCAAGAUUACAAAAUGGCUCUAAGAAAGUAUCGCAAGGCUUUGCGUUACCUUGACGUUUGCUGGGAAAAGGAAGAUAUUGAUGAAGAGACGAGCUCCUCUUUACGAAAAACCAAGUCGCAGAUAUUUACAAAUAGUUCUGCCUGUAAAUUAAAGUUAGGAGACUUAAAAGGAGCAUUGUUGGACACAGACUUUGCAAUGCGUGAUGGAGACAAUGUGAAAGCUCUGUUUCGCCAAGGCCAGGCGCAUAUGGCACUUAAUGACAUUGAUGCUGCGGUUGAGAGCUUCAAGAAGGCACUGGAGUUGGAACCAAGUGAUGGAGGAAUUAAGAAAGAGCUUGCAGCUGCUAAGAUGAAGAUAGCUAAUAGGCGUGAUCAAGAAAAGAAGGCGUAUUCCAGAAUGUUCCAAUAAACUUAGGCAGUCAAAUGUAUGUCCAUUUUCUGGAUGAGCCGAUUUUGGUUCGUUCUGCACUUGCUAAAGUUACAUAGUCAACGUUUCAUGCUAAUAUGUUCUCAAUCUUGGUUAGCUACUGGAAACAUAAGGCUUUUUGAUGGGGGCAGGAAAGAAGCUAGCAGAACAGCUGGAGCCUAAAACCAAAUUGUUGUUCCGAAUGCUUUCCACUUUUUGUCCAAACAAAAUUUGUGUCAUUUCAUUGCUGUUUAGAACCGCAUUGCUACUUCAUGAAUUCACUGCAAUCACUGAAACAAUUUCCUUACAUUUAAAAGACAGAGUCUUAGUUUACUGAAAA